GAGUCAGCAAUGGCUUCUUCGUUCUGUAAAUCAGUGCUAAGGGUAAGCUCAAGGUCUUUCGGUAAUCGUUCUAGUAGCUUAAUCCAAAAACACCAAAAUGCUGCAUCUCUACCGGCUAUGUUCUCUUCGCGUUCGUCUACGAUCAUCCCUCACACUUCAAGGAUUUUGUCUGUACUUGGAAGUUUUGAGUCUAUGAUGCCUCUUCAUACCGCCAUUGCUGAUGCUAGGCUCACUUCCAGCAUCGCCUCCGAUUCUACCUGCUGGAGCUGGCUUUCUCGAGGACUUGAAAAAACAUUGUGACAAGCCUGCCGGAUUCAUUCAAAAUGAAAGAUAAAAUGAGAGAAAAAUGUCGUUUAUUUCUCUGCCUCGCUUUGAGGGACGUUGAACUGGUGCUUCGAGGUUUCUAGUUGUUUCAACGUUUUAGAUAGAUGCUGCUAAAAUGAUCAUCUGAUUCUUGGCUUGGUUGUGAGUAAAGUUUUCCUCCAAACAAGUCAAGGAACUACCGUAUUGACUCUGCUUAGUGUAGGAUCCUAAACAAUUCGACUACAAUGUGAAUAGGAAACUCGAUCAAAUAAUGAAGAAUUGAUGAUACUUGAUGACA